AUGCUCAACCAACUGGCGUUCAACGCCGAGGAGUACACCAAGGACACGUCGCACUUCCUGUUCCUGCUAACCACCAUCGCCAACAGCAUCAGGGUAGCGUGGAAACGGCGGACAAAGCUGCCGCUCAAGGCUGUGGCACUGGAAACGGACAUUUAUGAGAAGGCUGAGACCGACCUCAGGCACCAGGAGGGCGAGAAGCACUACUUCCCGAGCCCUAGGUCCGCCGUCCUCUUCCUGAUCGACAGAGCCAAUGCGCUCAUCAAGCGCAGCAGCAGCGACGAAUUCGUGCAAAUUAUGCUGCUCAACUGUGUCAAAAGCUUCAAGCCGGACUCCAGGGUCAAGUUUGAGCUGCUAAACGAGUGCAAAAGGAGAGUGAACGAAAUUAGCUGCGGCGGGAUCCCGCAAGUGUUGCAGACCCUGUUUACGCUUUUUUCGCCGAACGCCCCUGAGCUUGUGGAGGCGUUGGUGCUCUACCUGGACCGCGUGUUGGCGGAAAUCACUCUGCAUAACGACCCAGGGGUCUUGCAGAUCGAGGGAUCGCGCCUGUUCGAAAUCAGCUUCCUGCAAGACGUAAACAUCCUCGGGAACGUGCUGUCGAUCUUCGACAGGUGCAACCUCAACCGCGGUGACCUCGCAACGCAGGUUGCCGAGAUGAUGGAGCGAUCGAAUUUCCAACAGCUGGACGGUGCCAGCGUACAGGCGCUGAUCGACCUGCUACACUACAUCGCCUUUUCGGUGGACCGCCACGAGGCCAUCGACGUCAUGGCGAUACUGCUGCAGCAAAAGCUGGAAGGAGGCGCGCAGGUGUCAUCCGGACAGCUGGCGGCGAUCGCGGAAUGCUUCGUCGCCGCUCCCAUGACACUGAAUCCCCUGCGGCACCAGGGGCUCAUCCAGGCCAUAAAGCAAAAAGCAAAUUCGUCCAGCGGUGACGCGAAGGCGCUUCAAGCGAUACUCAAGAGGAUCGACUGGCGCAGGGACGCCGCGGGCACACCACCCGGCGACGAGUGA